UACAACAAAAUGGUGGUCCUACUAUCCGCUUGUUAAUUUGGUUUAAAUACGGUCAUUGUGACAUAAGGGACCUUGUUAGUUAUUGUUAUGUUAGAAUCGUGAUAUAAUGAUGGAGUUUGACGAUAUUGUGGUGAAGGAGAAUCCCGGCCUUUGCCGGUGCUGUCUUUCUGAAGGGUGCUACAAAGAUUUAGGUUCUGAGUACACUUGGAUGAAUGAAAAUGAAGUUUACGCGGAUAUGCUGUUGGAAUGCUUUGAUAUUAGUAUAUCACAAAUAAAUGAGGGACCGAACGGUCCGAAUAGACUGAUCUGCGAGGUUUGCAUCACAAGACUCCGAGAUGCAUGUAACUUCAAGAAACAAGUGUUUGAAUGCGAAAAAAAAUUCAUUGACAUGGUUGCAAGAGGAGAAUUUAGGAAAGUAUUAAUUUACCAAGCACACAUGAAAUCUGAAGAAGUUGGCCCCGAAGACGAAAUACAAGCUGAUGAAUCUGAGUAUCUAGAAGAGGAUCCCGACUUCGGAGACGACGAGCCAUUGAAACGAGAGGAGCCUCAACCAACGGUAUCUGCUGAGCCCUUACAGAUCAAAGGGAAACGUGGCCGACCAAAGAAACAACCAGAUGCCAAGCCUGAGAAAAAGAAAUCGAAUACGGACGACAAGAAAACUAAACCUGUAGCAAAAGAUGUUAAAACGAGAAAAUACAAGGGGUGCGAAUCGUCAUCGAUGCGCCGAAGGAGAAACUUUGAGAUCUUGUUCAACAACACGACCAUAAUACCGUUCAAAUGGCGUGGCAAGUAUCUGUGCUUCUAUUGCAGCAAAGACAUCGCCGAGUACAAUGAAUUGAGGAAGCACACGAAGUCCCACGGCGAUUGCUCGAUUAAGGACCAUUCGCUGAAAGUCCUCAAAGGGGGUCACAAUAUGGAAAUCAAGAUCGAUGUCUCUGACGUCGCGUGUGAGAUCUGCGGAGAGCCGUUUCCAUCGCUCGAGGAAAUCAUCAAUCAUCUAUACGUUAAACACAAACUGGAAUAUGAUAGGGGCGUGGAAAUGUCCAUAGAGGAGUACAGGCUGGUCGAUAUGGGCUGUUUGGUGUGCGGCGAAAAGUUUGCGUUUUUCGGUUAUCUAGUCUCGCACGUGAACAAUACUCACCCGAAGAACUGCUUGCUCUGCGACAAGUGCAACCAGAAAUUCAACAAAAAGAGAGAUCUAUUUUCCCACAUGAAGAAUUACCAUCGCGAAGGUGGAUACCAGUGCGAAGUGUGCCCGCAGAGUUUUAGCUCGCUAAACAUCCUACGUAAGCACAAAAUAAAUCGCCACUUGACCCGCUGCAGCGUAUGCCACUUGAAGCUUCCAUCGGCGUCUCUGAAGCAGAAGCACAUGGACUUGGAACAUCCGGACGAUGGAUCGCUGCAGUGCGACAACUGCGAUAAACAGUUCCACACGAAACAAGGACUCCGGAUGCACUCGAGGAAGUGUAAAGGACUCGAGGAAUUCCUCGAAAUCGCCUACAAAAAAGAGGACGCCGCCGCCAUGGAUUUGGACCAGAAUUACGAAGAACGAUCGAAGCGGCCCAGCGUUAAGCAGAUUAGGGAAAACAUAGUCAUAGUCAUUAACAUGUCAACGGCGAUACCUUUCAAUUUCUACAAGAAUAAAUUUAACUGUUUUUAUUGCUCCAAAGACUUCGCGGAUUCGGACGCGAUGCGCGAACAUACUGUAGUCGAACACCCGGUUUGCGACGUUAAAGAGAAAUGCAUCAGAAAAUGUAGAGAAUCGGUGGCCUGCGUUAAAAUCGACAUUUCUACAUUGGCCUGUAAAAUCUGCUUCGAAUCGAUGAUCAACUUGGACAGCCUCAUCGAUCAUUUGAUAGUUAAGCAUGAAGCGAACUAUGAUAAGUCGAUCACGACUUGCCUACAGCCGUACAGGCUGGUCAAAGACCACAUGGCCUGCCCGAACUGUCCCGGCGAAGUGUUCCGCUUCUUCGGCACGCUACUGAAGCACAUGAACAAGAAGCACACGAACAACAACAUUAUAUGCGUGUAUUGCGGCGAGACGUUUCGGCGCGACCAGAACCUUCGCGUUCACGUGUGGCGGCACCACAGGGACGGUCGCUUCAAGUGCAACAUUUGCGGGGCGGAGUGCAAUAUCCCAUCGAGGCUGUACAUGCACAUGGCGAAGGCGCACGGCGUCCGGGCUUCGAAGUGCCCCAAGUGCCCGGAAAGCUUUGCGACCCAGUACCUACGCCAGAAGCAUCUGAUCGACGCCCACGAUUCGGGCCACAAGUGCACGUACUGCGGGAAGCUGUUCACGAGGAACUCAUUCAUGCGGGAUCACGUCCGUAGGACGCACCUCAAAGAGAAAAACGUCGAGUGCUCGAUUUGUAACAUGAAGUUCUUUAACAACAUCCUUUUGAGGCGGCACAUGGUCAAGCACAGUGGCGAGAAGAACUUCCACUGCGAGAUCUGCGGGGAAAGAUUCUUUUGGCGCAAAAGUCUUCGAACGCACAUGGCCAGACACAGCAGACACCUCAAUCCAGCACAAGUUUAAUGUUUGAUUGUGCCAAAGUCGAAUGCGUGCGCCAAACUGUAACAGUGUGCGUUUGUGUGGCUGUGAAUUUAGCUAUGACGUCAUUAUACUAAGAACAUGCUGUUUCAAUCAAUUUAGCUAAGGGUGAUUAUGCGUGAGGAAUUCUACACAUGGUAGAUUGUGUUGCUUUAUCGAAAUUUUCAUGCUAGUCUCAAGUGUGCCCGCGUUGUUUUGACGAGGACCAAUUUUCCGUUUCAAGUUGCCCCGCCACUAACACGCUGUUGUACCAAAGGCCUUGUUAAAUGAUGUGAAACCCUGUUUUCUAUAUAGCCCAGUAGGUCUGCUAGGU